AUGGAGAAUGCACUUGAGCCACCGGGAGGCUCCAAAUAUGGCGAUAACCCACCCCAGUUUCUCUUGGACGCAAUGAUGGAAGAACUUGGUAUUGGCAGAAUAAAUGACCUUUCCUUGGAAGACAACCCAAAGGAUAGAAGAAAUGUCAACACAGCUGUCAGAGCUUCCCUGGCGAAACCCCCCACAAAGGAGAUUAAGAAGAUUACCAGCAAAUAUGGGAAUGAGAUCAACAUGUGGAAAUCUUUCAAACCCGAUGAUGUGGAUCAAGGUGCUCUCUUGUUGGAUGACUUGGGAAGCGGCCAGUCACAUCGUCUCCGUAUGCAAGCAAGUCUUGCUGGAUAUUCCAACCGAGCUGGAGGCGAUUCAAGAGGUGCCCGGGGUGGUCAUAAUGGUGGUAGUCACACCAGUGGUAGUUCAAGGGGUGGUGGGCUUACUGGACAGAGCAACAGAAGGAACAGAGCUCCCAUUGAGGAAAUUGCCAACCUACUCCGAUACUCGGAUCCGUCGUCAGUUCUCCGUGGAGGACGAGGUGGCGGAGGAGGCGGCAAUAAUGGCCGUGCUGGUACAACUAACGGCCAUUUUGUUCAUGGUUUGAACAAUAGUCCACAAGCCAAGAACGUUUCUUCUGGACAAACGAAGCAACAGACAACCACACCGCAGAAGACCACACAAAGGAGACCCCCGCAACAGAGGCCUAUACAACGCAAUUCUUCUCCAUUGUUGUCUUUGGCAACCCCAGAGUCCUUUUUCCCAAGUGCUAAAAGGGUUGAGAAUACCCAACCUCAGCCAACCAUCGGACAACCAACGAAGAGACAACCAUCUACCAGACAACUGCCCCCUAAACCACCAACCACUAAACAACCAGCCAGUGGGCAAGCAACUGCCAGACAACCAGACAUUAAACCACCCGCCACCAAAUCACCAGUCGCUAAACCACCUGCCACGGGACAACCAACCACCGAACCAGUGGCUCCGAUUUCGAAGCCCAACAAACCCCUUCACAUUAAUUCAACUCCCAAGGUGCCCAAGAGCAUUGCGCCUGAUAAUACUAGGGUCAUACCAAGCAAAGACAAUGAUGAGGACCUUAUCUUCUGUGAUCUUAUCUCCUUAGAUAAUGACGGCUGGGUGUCCACAGCCACAUCCACUGAAGUUAUAGUGGAAGAGCCACCCUCAGGCUAUAUGCAAGACAUGUGGACCCUGGAAGAUAAUGCAAAUGCAGUCUUCAACAUGAUUGUAGAAGUCACGAGGAAAGGAAUGGCCAAGGAGAGGGCAGAUCUCGUGGAAACUAUUGCCAGUGGUGUGGUCCCAGAUGGUCGGGGCAUGGCAUCAUCUGUGUAUGCUUCGGAUGAGCCUGUGACCAAAGAAUCAAUCAACACAUACUGGAAGACCCAGGGCCCCUCGUUCCGAAAGGGCCUUGAAAAUGAAUCCAUUCGCUUGAUUCUCGAAGGCGCCGCUGCUGAGAUAGUCAGACGAGAUGCGCCCACUUCAAGUGAUCUAGGCCAGCAGGAUGUAUCGGGAAGUGUCUCCGAAUACGAUCAAUCUAAUCCCGAGGAGGUUUUCACGCAAACUGAGCAGAUUGGCAGCCCAGGCAGUGUAACCGGUGAGCCCCAAGGUGUUUCUGAACCCGCUGAGAAUGUUUCUGGUAGUCUAGAGACUAUGGGAGACUCGAAGAAGCCAGAAAUCACUUUUGUACAAUACGAUGCCUCCGAGCUAUUGCAGCUCAGAGGUAGAGCUUUGACAGUGGAUAAGAGCGCUUUCCCCGGCGAGAUCCGCCAGUUCGUUGUCAAGGAUACCAAUGAUACCAAUGUGUUGCUGCAAAAACCAAAGGUUAUAAAGGUGCUCGGAGGACUGGUGGACUCAAAAUGGGCUAGUCCUUCCGAGACGAACGAUGAGAAUGUUGCUCCCAGCACAACCAAGGCUGCCCCAAUCAAAACUAAUACUACCCCCGUCAAAACAAAUGCUGCUACCGGCAAAGUCAAUUUGGACCCCAGCAAAGCCAAUUUUGUCCCCAGCAAUACCACUCGGCCUUCUCCCAUGGACAGCGGUGCAUCCAACUUCUUUUCAGAGAAGCCCCUGCCUACCAAGGCUACGAACGGGCUGGCAUCUUCAAAAUGGGCGGAUGAACCAAAAGCACCUGAUACUUACACUCCCCUAGACCCCGUUUCAGCCAUUUUGAGUGCCACAGUGCCCGUCCGUCCCAAGCGUCCUGGCCUGAGUGAUUACAUGUGGGCUGAUAAUCCUCCAAGCAAGGGGUCACUGACUCGCCCUUCGAUCAACAAAGAGGUUAUCGAUAGGAUGAUAAACCCCCAACUGACCCAUUCAAGUAGAGAGCAUCGGAAGAAGUCAAUCGAAAUCAUCACUGUGGCAACGAAGAGGAGGAGUGCUGUACUUGAGAAACAAGCGGCUGAAAAGGAAGCUGCACUUGCUAACUAUCCCCACUACUAA